GAAAAUGAUAGUUGAUCUAUCAUGAGCAGUGGGGGGUCUUGAUAUCUAUUGCAGAACAAUGAAAGAUUGGACUUUUCGACCGUGAACAGUUGAGUGAAUGAAGAUGAACACAGAAAUUUGAAAGGAACAUGGAAAAGGACACAGUAUCCUCUCACGGCAGCGCUGGAGCCGCGAGGGCCGAUGCUGUGGCUAAGUUUCGUCGUGUUAUGCGCAUGGUCGGACGGGACAAAGUGAAUGGCGGCGUAAGUUCAGUUGCGAAGGCUGCAAAUGCCGUGAGUGUUUGCAUUAUGACCACUAGUUUUUUUUUUACUGUGGAUGACAGUUUCGCUGGCUCCGGAUGUUCGCUGAGUAGCGCGGUGUCAUCUCAAUCAGAGAUAUUUUUCCUCAACAAAUGUUUGUACUUGCAUAUCAAGUUCGAUGUACUCGUUAUCGUUUCAGAGUAUGAACAAAUGACUGGAUUUUUGUUUAGUUUUCUGAAGAAUCCGAUUCGGAUCUAAAGCUCUAGAUACGUUUUCUAAGUAUACUGCAUCGCUGCCGCAAACCUUUGUGGUUCAUCUGCAGUUGCCGACACGUGGACCACUUGUGCCUAUUCUUGUCGAGGAUCGAAGCGUGACCUGGCGUUCCUUUCGCCAACUGGUCGAGGAUGAGACCGGUAUUCCUGCGCAUAGACAGAAAUAUGCCACGAUUUUGACGCCAACGGUGUUGGACGAGAUUGUGCUCAGGGCGCAAACGACACAGACGAGUAACAAGAGCAGAGGUUCAUCUUUGGCUGUAGAGCAGGCGGGUCAGCAGAAUUCGGAAGAUGGCAUCGGUAACUUGCGGCGCAACUUGGACCGAACCGACGUCGCAGGACGUUGGACCGGAGACACGCAGCCCGUCGUCAAUUUUGAGGGAGUGCCGAUUCGAGAUAAAGAUGUCGCUCUCGAGGACUUUUGUCGACAAGAGGAGGACGCUUUGCCAACGCUGGCCGAUAGCGUGUACGACACACUUACGACGACGCCAGCGGUGCGCCGCGUGACAGAACUACUCACGGAAAUCGACGAUCAUGCUGCAGCUGCAGAAUCUGGUGAGGCACAUGCAAUGAGGAGCAAUAACUCGUCUGGACAUGAUGUGGAUAAGGCCUUAUCCGCUACUGCGGUCAGCUUGGAUGAGGAUAACUAUGCCAAGCAGAUGCUAGACCCAACUCGACGGUUAGCCACAGCACUCGUACAUCCGGAGCGGC